ACUUAUCUUAUUAAGUUCCAGUAGGUCUAUCAAUUUUCCAAUGCAACAUUUUAUUUUGGCAAAAAUAUUCUCAACAUAUUGAGGUCGUCCAAUCAAUUCCAACUUUGCUUUUUUUAUUAUUGUUGUGUUGUUGAUAGUAUGUGGACACGAAAUGGGAGAAAUAAAGAAAAAUAGGUAUUAACAUAUAUGCUUUAAGACAAAAAAACCCUCAGGCUGUUUGUCACUCAGGCAGAUUAAUAGUCCUCCAUUCAUUUGACCAGCAGGCAGCUCCAAUACAGUAUAUGUGCUGGGGGUGGGGCCUUGGGGAAAACACAUGCCAUGAUGUAACAGGAACAAGGCAGUAUUUAAGGGGGCGGCUCUUGUGUGCACACUACUGCUUGUUUCACGGUUUCAUUUUGCUAUUGUCACUUGGAGAGGCAUUUCACCAGGGAUUUCACCAGGGAUUCCAACUUUCUCAAUUCAAAUCAAGGAUUUGGAGUAUGAUUUUAAGGCUCAACACUUCUGAAAAACCUUCUAUGGAAAAACAAGGAAACCUAUUUAAAGCUGGGACAACGUUCAGCCAGAGAGACACCUUUAGAGAAUCCUGAUCUCUAAUGUCCAAACAGCUCCAUUAAAGCAUUAAUACAGUAGGUCCCUCUUCAAAUUGAUUGCAAUCAUUCUGGAAAAUGGUUGGAUUUGGACCCGCAGAUGUGCCUCCAUCAGCAGCUGUGAAGUUUGUGGGAGCAGGAACUGCAGGAUGCUUCGCUGACCUGCUCACCUUCCCCCUGGACACAGCCAAAGUGCGGCUGCAGAUACAAGGGGAGGCCUCAGCAGGGAAGGAGUCUGCAGUGAGGUAUCGGGGGGUGUUUGGCACCAUCACCACCAUGGUGCGUACAGAGGGGCCCCGGAGCCUUUACAGUGGACUGGUGGCAGGACUCCAGAGGCAGAUGAGCUUCGCCUCUGUCCGCAUUGGUCUCUACGACUCUGUUAAACAGUUCUACACUAAAGGCUCUGAUCAUGUGGGUAUCGGCAGUCGGCUGCUGGCAGGAUGUACCACUGGUGCCAUGGCGGUUGCUUUAGCUCAGCCUACAGAUGUGGUGAAGGUUCGCUUCCAGGCUCAGGCCAGGUCUGCUGGGCAGGCCAGGCGCUACUGUGGCACCAUUGAUGCUUACAAGACCAUUGCUAAGGAAGAAGGCAUUCGUGGUCUGUGGAAAGGUACAGCUCCAAACAUCGCUCGAAAUGCAAUUGUGAACUGCACUGAACUGGUGACGUACGAUUACAUAAAGGACACACUCCUUAAGUCCACUCCACUCACAGAUAAUCUGCCCUGCCACUUUGUAUCGGCCUUCGGAGCAGGACUGUGCACAACAGUGAUUGCCUCUCCAGUUGAUGUGGUCAAAACAAGAUAUAUGAACUCUCCACCCGGCCACUACAACAGCGUCCUCAAGUGUGCUGCUGCCAUGAUGAGCAAAGAGGGACCAGGUGCUUUUUAUAAGGGGUUCAUGCCAUCUUUCUUACGCCUUGGCUCCUGGAACGUGGUGAUGUUUGUGACGUACGAGCAGCUGAAGCGAGCCAUGAUGGCAGCGAAUCACAACUACACCACUCGAGUGUAACCGCUAUUGUCUGUCAGAUGUUGUAGCACAGCUGUGUUGUCUACACAUUUUUUUACUUUUUGUUGCCUCCAAGUGCAUAUUUCAACCUGAAGUGUUGUACAAAUGAUGAUACUUAUACUUAAUACUUCUCUCUCUCAUGACUACUUUUAUCAGACACAGCAUAGCAACACAUGUACUAGAAUAGGAUCAGUCUUUUAAAGUUAGAGCUUGUCUGAUCAGGUGCUUCCUCUCGGCGGAGAGCUUCUCAGGAAAUUGGAUUUCAAAAGUAAUGAUGAGGUUCCCUCUCUGAGAAGGAUCCUGGGACCGAGGCAUUCCCUCUCCACUCACCACUUUGUUGUACGAAGGGCUGAUGUGUAUGAAAUAAAAUCAGAGAAAGGAAGAUGGUUAUUUAUGCACAUGACGCACAAACCAGAAACAUAUCCUUCAAAAACCUCUCUGUUUGAGUUUAUAUAAAGUGCUUGAAUUUCUUACAAUCAUCUUCCCUGUUUUCAU